AAAAAAAUGACUUUUAUAAAAAACUUUGUAAAUGCAUUUAAAUGUAAAAAAAUGACUAAAAAACACGAUUUAAUAUAUUAUUAUAAUAAAAAAAAUAAAUUUAAUAAAUAGUUUAAUAUUAUAUAGAAAAUUACAAAAGGUGAUAAUAAUUUUUUAUUAAUAAAACCAAAUUAAUAAUUUUAAAAAAUGUUCACCUGUAUCGCAACAUUAUGGGACUGGCUAGAUUCCCCGCCACUCUUCACGACAACUAUGGAGAGCAAAAAGCUUCAACAAUUACAGCAAGCAAAUUCACAUUUAGCCCCGCAUCAAAAGAAAAUUCCUCUAACUGGUGGUUAUCAAAGCAUAUAUCAAACGAAUACUAUGGGCGAUUAUCAUCAUUCAUCACAAUCACCAGUUUUUCAACAAUAUCAAACAAUGUCUUCAAAUUUUGCCCAAAUGAAUUUAAGUGGCGGCUCGAGUAGUAGUGGUCAAUUAAUCCCUACACAUCACCAUCAUCAACAACAAUCUCAAUAUUCUACUAAUCAAUCUACUCCAUCAAGUGGUAGCCAAUUAACACCAAUAGAUACACCUCCUCAACCAGUUGGCCAUCAUAACACGUUAGCAAAAUCUAGUGGUUAUAUACAACAAAAUCAUCAAAAUCCCUAUGGUGAACAAUUAUAUCAGUCAUCUAGAGAAGCACGUGCAUAUCAAAUAAAUGCAAGUGGUAGAACAAUAGAUCCUAUUACGGGAGGAGUCAUAUCAGCGCAAAAUGUUAAUAAUACGGUUGGAGGUAAUCCUGUUACGGCACUGCAACAGUCAUAUCAACAAUUGCAACAAGCUAAAUUACAAGCACAAAUACAAACUCAAAAUGAAGCUUUAAUGAUCCAACAAAGAACAUUCGCAAUGAGGCAAGCCCUAAAUCCUCCGAUUCCUCAUUUGCAUUUACAAAGUCAACAAAAUAUAGCGGGAAUGGUGGCGUCCGCUUCAAUGCAAUCGCAGCAAAUUCAGCAACAGUCACAACAAGCGGCACCUCAUCGUAAUGCACCUCCUUCAACUUUAAAUUUAAGUAGUCAAUUUCAGCCAGCUCAAGGCCCAGUAAAAAUAAAUACUCUCGAGCAACAACAUCGCCAUCAACAGCAACUUGAUGCGCAAAACAAUCAAACAUUAUUGCAACAACAAAAUGCAAUGUUGCAAAAACAUUAUAAUCAUAUAGUAGCUACGCAAGAAAAAAUAAAUGAAGCAAAUCAAAACUAUCAACAAAAUAUGCAAUCGGCAACUGAUCCUAGUCCUGUGUACAUUCAACAAAAUCAUCCUGGUCAUGUUGUUAAUCAAGCUUGUCAAACACAAAUAUCCGGUGCUAUUGGUGGUACAAAAAUUUUACCACAAUCUCAACUAAAUAAUUUUCAAUCCCCACAAACGCCAAGUGCGACCGGAACAGCAUCAACGGCGACUACAAGCAAAUUAAAUCAGCAAAAAACUCCUCAAUCUUCUACAGAAGAAUCAUCAAACUCUCCCGCGUCAACAAAAUCACCAACUCAUCCAGGUUUAGAUCGAAAGAAAAGUUCUGGUGCAUCUCAGGCAAUAAAAUCACCAAUUACAAAAAGACCAGCCUCGUCACCUGUCACUUUAUCUGGCUGGUUAUACAAACAAGGUUCUGAUGGGCUAAAAGUAUGGCGUAAAAGGUGGUUUGUUUUGGCUGAAUAUUGUUUAUACUAUUACAAAGGACCUGAAGAAGAAAAGUUGCUAGGCUCAAUUCUCCUACCGUCAUACAAAGUCUCUGCCUGCUUACCUGAAGAUAAAAUAUACAGGAAAUAUGCAUUUAAAUGUGAGCAUACAAAUAUGAGAACGUAUUGGUUAGCAGCAGAAAACUCCGAGCAAAUGUACCAAUGGGUACGAGCAUUAAUGGCAGCAACUUUGAUGCAAGGUAGUGGAGAGUCGUCAGAUCAAAAUUCGCAACCUAGCAAUUCAUCCUUAAAUAAUCACAGUGGAGAAAAUUCUGAUUCUGGAAUCCACACAUUCCAAUCGUCACAACAAAGUAAAUUAAGUAUGCAACACGGCCCGAUAACUCCUGCAUCAGAUAAUGGAGGUGGAAUACAACCGCUUUAUGCAAAUGCGCCUCCUAAGCCACGCAGAAUUAAUGAUGGGGGAUAUUCGUCGCCCAGUCCUGAAAAUUCAAUAGACAGGAAUGAGAGCAAUCCUAGUCAAAUGAGAAGAAAGAGUGCUGGAAUGAUGUCACCAUCAAUAAAGCAAAUGCAACAAAAAUCCCAACAUCAUGCCAUAUACGAUACAAGGACGGGCAAUGUUAAAUCUGCUUUGGGAAUACCUAAUUCAACCGAAGGGAAUUCACAGUCUGCAAAUCAUUAUGUUAGUCAACAGCAACGUCCAGAGAAAAGAAAUACUAAACAUUAUGAGGAAAGCAGAAGCGUAGCAUCUACUAAAAUGUCAUCUAACAAUAACAUGCAACAACAAAAACAUCAACAACAGCAGCCAGUUCCUGGGAUAUACAACCUAGGCAGCAUGGAAGUGGGCAAUGAGCAAAUGCGACGGUCACAUUCUCAACGUCCUUCUGGUGAUGAAAUCUAUGGAACUGGUAGUGAACACAACAUUUAUAUGCAGAGGGUACUUCAACAAAGGUUACAAGGGCAAAUAAACAGCAUACCUUAUCCGAAUGUAGAACGAAGAACGCCGGAUGCAUAUGGUCGCUCUAAAAGUGCAGGACGUUUCUUUUCUGAUUAUGAAGACAUCUACAACUUAAUGCAACAAGAUAAACAUUUAGCAACACAACAACUAAAUCAAGGUGACUUAGGACAAUACCGUAGACCAUUGAGUCCACCUAGCUAUAAUAGUCAAAAACAUAUUCCAUCAAUGCCAUCUAGAUAUACACCAAAUCAUUUAGACCCUCAUUCACAUGUGAAUUUAAGAUCAAGAAGUACCACUGGCUUAAAUAGACCACACUCAGCUGAUUUCUUAGAAUAUGAAGCAAGAGUUGAGGCUGCUGCAUCUGCCGUUCGACCUGACGCAAUAAGAGCUCAAAGACCAAAAUCUAGCUUAGAUAUUAACAGAACACCAGACAGUUAUUAUUAUUCUGAAGAAAGUUACGCUGAAAAAAUGCGUCAGAGUGCUUUGUAUUUGCAAAAAUCCCCAAGUCAUAAUUCAUCGAGCAUAGGAAGUGGAAAUGUUGGUUACAACAAUAAUCGUGCCCUUGCAGCAGAUUUAAGUCCAUAUGCAACUGGAAUGAAUACUAUAGGUUAUGAAAAUCCUUACGAGCGAACCGUAAAAAGAAAUGAACUCCUUAAUGAAGCCUUUUUAAACCAUGGAGCUCUUAGUGUACCUAGAGCAAAUCAUCGCUCACAUGGCGGUGCUGCUACUCCAACAUCAAUGUUAGCUAAAGAAUAUCAAUUAAGACAAAUGCAACAAAAUGAACAAUUUUUAAGAUCUGCUAGUGCACGAUUACCCAAAAAAACUGAAGAUCCAGAGGUAUUGAAUGCACAACAUAAAGAUGGUGAACGUAAGCGUGAGGAAAGUAUGAAAAGGCUUUUAGAAUGGAAGCAACGAAUGCUACAAUCACCAUUAACAAGAAAAGGUGUACAACAAUCAGGUUCCCCAUCUAUUUUAAAAUUAGGGAGUAAUCCCAAUAUACUGGCGCCACACAGUUCCAGUGGUAUUCAGAGAAGUCGAUCUGAGACACAUGCCAAUGCCGGCUAUAACAGUUACUCUUCAGACGAUGAAGAUGUACCAGAAUAUACGCCGGCAGGAAGGUCAACAAAUCUUUCAACUACUACUACUACUGUUAAUACUACUACUACCACUACUGUUACAACUUCUACCACUUUUACCACUACCCCUCCUCCACACAAAACCAUAACCACUGCCACUUUAAUGUCUUCUUUAAACCAAAAAUCCCCCAGUAUGAGUGAAAUAGACACAUGCACUAAAAAUACACGAUUGAAAGCAAUAAAUGUAAAAAAUGUAAAUUUAGCUAAUCCAAAAAUUGGUAUUAAAAUCUCAGAUAAAUACAAUAGAAAUAAUAGCAUUUCAUCGCCCGACUCUAUUAUAAAACCACAUGUGGAAACUUCAAUAAAAAAAUAUAAUGAAAAUUUUAACGUUACGAAAAAACUAUCGGAAUAUCCAAAUUUAAAUUCUUCAGUGUUAGAGAACGUAAAUUAUAUUCCAGUUUACAAAGCGAAGACUGCUUUAAAUAAUAAUCCAAAAAAAGAAGGCAAAACUUAUGAUGACAUAAAGAUUGUGUAUCGCAAAAAUAAAGAAACUCAAAAUUUAGAUUGUCGUCCUCCUAUUCAAGGUAGGCAAAGUCGACGUGUUAGUAGCAUGAAAAAAAAUCGUUUAAAAUCGAAAACCUCUGAAAUAAUUCUAAGCAAUUUAGACAAUAAUCAAACAUCUUUGACAAAUGAAACAAAAAUACAUGAAAUCAAAAUGUAUGACAGCCAACAAAUUUCAAAAUCAUCUCUCGAGACAAAUGUAGUAGCUGAUAAUUACGAAGAUAUUGAAAAAAUUUAUGAAACUCAAGUUUCACUUAAAAAAGAAAAUUUACAAAAUCAUACAGAAGAUAUAGAUGAAAGUUCAAAAUUAUUUGAAUCGCAAAUAUCUGAAUUCGGAGGUGAAGAAGACCCUGAUGAUCUUGUUGAUAUUGAUAAUAACGAAGAAGAAAAUGAAGACGAAUUACAGAAUACUUUUGAAUUUACAGAUGACGAUUUAAAUGAAGCAUUGGCUGCUGAGAGCGAUGAAUUACAAGUUAAUGUUACACACCCUGAAGGAGAUGAAAAUAUGAUUUCAAAAACUGAUGAAAAACAAAAUAAUCAUUAUAAUGAUAUUACAAACAAAUCACUUUCAACAAGCAAUGAAACGGUAAAGAACGAUAAAAUCGAAAUGUCAGAUAAACCUGAAGAUGCGGAAAUGUUAUAUGAAAAUGGACCAAAAACACCAACACAACCGCAGUCUAAUGAGGAUCAUUACUUACCUAUGACACCGAAAAAAGCAAUUUUAAGUCCAACAAAUAGCCUUCCACUUUUGCAUAAUAUUAAUAGCGAUUUAGAAGAAAAUCCAUACGUUGAAAUGACAAAAGGAGAAAAAGACAAUCAAUCAAAAUCAAAUUAUGAAACGGUUUGUAUUUCAUCAACAAUGCAGCACCAAGGAAAAAUAUUUCUUCAUCAACACCAUCAUUCUGAGCCAGUUUACAUGGAACUAGCUCAAUCAAAACAUUCAAAAUCUGAAAGUUAUGACGGUUCCUCAAAACUAAAAGAAUCCAAACCCUUAGAAGAUGCGUUACAAAAUGGUAAGUCUACUAUAAAGAAAAGUACGUUGAAAAAAAUUGAUAUUAAGAAAAAAAACAAAAAAUUCUCUGGUUCAUCAUCACUAACUGCAUCUACUUUGAAACGUAAAGAUUUACCAGAUAUUCUUAAACCUUCACAAAACACUGCUAUUGCAAGUGAUAGUUCUGAUGCUGAUGAUGAAUCAACUUCAAAAGAACAAUCUGAUGGUUCAAACAAAAUGCGAUCGAGAUCAAGAUUUAGUCUUUCAGACACAUUCAGACCAGCCUCAUAUUAUCUUAGUGCUAACACUCCCCUUGCAGAUUGUGCAGAAAGUUCAGAUAGUGAAAUUAUAUCACCUCCUCCUAUUCCAUCAACAACUCCACCGAUGGAUGCGGAUAUGAACACUGAAGAAAUUUUUUCGUCAGAAAAUUACGAUACUGUUAAACGAAAAGACAAGCUUAAUUUGUCCUUAGACCAAAUUCAAAAAAUCCAUUCCAGUAAUUCAUCACUUAACUUGACAAAAAAUGAAGUUCUUAAAAGUAGUAGGCUUUCCUUACCUGACCAGUUCAGCAAAUUAAGACACUUAAAAACAAAUAUUAGCAAGAACAGAGAAAGAAAUUUAUCUGAUUCUAAUUACAGUUUUCAUACAGAUAAUAGCUCAAAUACGUCUUCUGAUUUUGAAUUGUUCAAUAAAUUAAAAAAUAAUUCACCCUCUUUUAUACCUGGAAAACCACAAUAUCCAACAGGUAAUGUCAACAUAUUAAAUCGAAGGUUUACACACAAAACAAGCUUAAGCGUUGGUGGGGGUGACAGUAGUGAAACUGAUUCAGUUGAAUUAAGACAACGGCUAGGAUCCGAUUCAGAAUUGGAAAGACAGAGAAGUCGACGUCCCUUAUCUGAAGAUUCUAUAAGCGAGAUUGAAUCGGCCAUGAGCGAACAAUUUGAAUACGACUCUUUAGCUGCAAGUGCUGAUUUGGAUACAUAUUUAAGUAGACUGCAGACAAGCGACCUUUACUUGUACCAAAAUACUUCAAAUGAUCCUUUGCUAACUAAUGCAUUAAUAAAACCUCCGGAAAUAUUUAGAAACAAAGGUGAUGAGCAUUUUUAUGGCAAUAUUAAAUUUAUAUCAUCCACGGAUUCAUUACAAAAGAUCGGAAAUGAUGAUGAUCGAAUUGAUUUGAAUAAAAAUGAAAGUGGAACAUUAAAAGCUAAGAACCGGAAUACAACAACUCCAUCUUUACUAAAAGAGAAAAAUCUUUCGUUACAUAACGCGCAAUUAGAUAAUGAAGAUUUAAGUAAGUUUGAUGGGUCAUAUAACAUUGAGAUAGCUAAAAGUACAACAGUUUCUUCUGUAGAUAUGGAUCAAACCAGUUUUUGUACAGCUUUUGAUCUCACUCAAAAUACUCCAUUACAUAGCCGUAACAAUAGUAAUAUUUCUGAUCAAUCAAACCAAAUUCCCUAUUACUAUUCUGACUUAUCACCUGAUGUGUCAAUAAAUAAAACUGAUUGUAGUAGUACACCCAACACUAAACAAUUCAGUACGCGGGAUAUAUCAAAUCAGUACCAGCUUAACAAUCAACGCGAUAUAAAUCCAAAUCGUGGUGGAGUUAUUGGUAUUUCACACAUUCAUAACCCUAUAAGACUAGCAUCUAGGAAUUCUUUAACAAAUUUAAAUCAAUCUGGAAAAACCACAAAUCCAGAACAAGCAAAUGUUUGCGAUAUUGCUGAACAUGCCACAAAUCUUUUAAAUCAAAACGAAGAUUUUAUUUAUAAUAUGCCAAAACCUAGUCUUGAUAAAAAUAUUAUUAAGGAAUUGUGCAAUAAAAAUUUAAAAUCUCCUUUAAUUGGUAGCAUUGUUGGUGGUUUAGAUAAUAACAAUUGUAAUUAUAAUUAUAACAAUAACAAUGUCAAUAUUUCUAAUAAUUUACAACAAAAUUGUAAUUAUAACAAUAACAUUGACAACCUAAAUAGCAAUAAUGGUAGCAGCAACAAUAAUACAUUAUUAUCACAUUAUAAUAAUAAGUCUAUUGAAAUACAAAAUGUGGUGGCAGCAAAACAAUCCAAAUCAUCAUCAAAUAAUAGCAAUAACAGUAAUUAUAAUGAAAAAAAUAAUAACAGUAAUAACAAUUCAUUUGAUGACUCAUUAACCACAUCAAGUUUGUGUAAAACAUCACUAUCAUCAUCAUCGUCGGCAACACAGUCAAAUUUACAUCAUCCUAAACUUCAUUAUCAUUGUCUUCAUCGAGACAUAUCACAAAACUCAAUUUUAAUGUUAUCACAAUCAAAUACAUCCAAUUCGUCUACUAAUUCUUUGGCAUCUCCAACAGUUCUAUCAACAACAUCAACUACACCAAUUCCAAUGUCACAACAGUUAUUACAGCAUCAACAACAGCAUUUAAAAUAUCAACAUUAUCAUCAUAAUAUUAAUACCAAUAGUAAUAAUAAUAACAUUAAUAAUAAGUUUAAUGAGCAUGAUAUUAGUAAUACUGACACGGUAAUAGCAAUAGAAUCAAAUUUACAAAAACAACAUCAACCAAAAUUUCAAGCACAAUCCAGUUCAAAUCAAAGUGUAUUUCCUAUAGUCAAGCUUAACAAAAAUAAUCAGAUUUUAUUAAAUCAUAGUAAUUUAAACUUAAGUUCAUCAUCUCUAAAAAAUCAAGAUUGUUCACCAAAAACUAAAGAAUUUUUAGUUAUGUCACCUCUCACAAAUAAUAACAAUAACAAUGACACAAAUAAUUCUAACAAUGAUAACAAUAAUGAUGCAACAUUAAACAUAAUAACAACUUUGCCAAAUCAAGAACAAAUUGGCGAAGAGAUGUGGGAAGAAGAUACGCUAUGGCGUGAAAGCUUAAGACGCGUUUCACAAAGGCACGCACGAUCUUUAGAUGAUUUAGAUCGAAUAUCAGGCAAUUCGGGAACUAAUUUAAAUAAAAUUCCCGUACAAUAUCAACAAAACACUUCGACAACGAAACAAAAGGGCAAUGCAACAAAGCAGUCAGAUCAAGGCGAUGCAAAUUUUUCAAAAGUAUAUCCAAAAGUACAAAUUAAACCAAAAAUAUCACGUGAUGUUACAUAUGUCAAUGACAAUGUAUCACAACAAUUACUGAGAACUAAGAAUUUUCGUUCAAGGUUAAAUGAAUUCGUUCCAACAACGUCAGCUGGAUCAUCGACACCGCAUGGUUCACUUAUUUCACAACGUGACAAUGUUUUUGUAAAUAGUAUUUAUGACGAUAAUAAUGAGAAUGAUGUCUAUGUUCAAUUAGCUAACCAAACGUUAUUAGCACGUCAUCAUCAUCGUCAUCAAAAUAAUGAAAAUAUGAUUAACGAUAUUAUUGAUAAUGAUGAUGACGAUGAUAUUGAUACAGGAGAUGUUUAUGAAAUAUUAAGAGAAGACACUAGUUCAAACUACUCCCGGAAAUCAAUUGAAAUUGAUCGUGAAACAAUAAGACAAUGGGAUUCCAUGUCAAGUGGGCUAAUGAAAAAUAGUUCAUCAGCGUCAUCAAAAAGUGGCAGUGGUGGUGGCGGUAGUGGUAUAGGAACUGGAAUCUUGAAUACAAAUUUAAUUCAAUUAAAUAAAAAUAAAGUAAUAAAUAGAAACUAUGAAGUAAUAGACGGAAAUGAGGCUAUUUUAAAUAAUAACAAUAACUAUCCUAGCAUAAACGUGGUAAAAACAAGCAAUAAUAGAAAUAAUAACAAUAAUUGUAAUACCAACAAAGAGCACAAUAACAUUAUUGUAUAUGGCAAAUCAACGCAACAAACUUCUGCAACAUCAAAUUCUAUUAGACCAUAUUUGUCUAAUUUGAAAAUCUCGAUUUUGACACAAAAAUUUCGAUUGCUAAAAUCGUUGCAAUCCAAAUGUUUCUUUAAUCCAUCCAUAUCAAUUCAUAAUGUUCGUAAUAUACCGAGAAGCAAUUUACAUGUGAAGCCAGAUCCAUCAGAUCCAAGUUAUGGUUAUGAUCCUUAUUAUGAUCCCUAUGCAACAACACCAUCCGAAGUUAGAUACUAUAAUGAAAGAAAUAAUUAUUAUAAUCAAUAUGAACCUAAUGAAUAUGAAUUACAAAUGCAACGUGAUAAUUAUAAUAAUUAUCCUCUGCGUAAAACAAGUAGUCGAGCUGAAAUUGAUAUUUUAGAACGUGAGACAAGUUCACAAAUUAGGAAUUUAGACGUUUCUGCUGGAGAUUUGUUAAGCCGAAGUCAUGAAGAAUUAGUAUUACUGCUCAUACAAUUACGACGUCAAAGUAGUCAAAUAGCAAGGGCUAUUGAACAAUGCUGUACUGAUAUUCAUGAAGCACAGAAUCGAAUAUUAUCAGCGGAAGGAUUAACAAGAGCUGAAAGUAUACAACGUUUAGAUUAUUUAAAACAACAUUUAUUAGAUCUUGAAAAGCAAUAUGAAAAAAGUAAACCUUUAGUCAAUUUAGUUGAUAACAUGGUAAAAUUAGGUUCAUUAUAUCGCAACAACGAAAAUAGUAUGAGUAGGAAUAAUUUAAGUCAACAUCAAAUGUCGCCAUCACAUCAUUUAUCAUCAUCAACAUCAUCAAUAAUUGAUAGAACGCAACAGCGGCGUUCAGAAUCAGUUCAACUUGAUCGCCUUGAAUUUAGCAACCGUUUAACAGAUCGUCGUAUGUUACAGGAAGAACAAAGAUUCUGGGAUGGUUUAACGCCAAAUCAAAGUGAAUUACAGUCGAAAGUAAGACAACUGUACCAACUUGAUCAACUAUUACAAGAAGAAUCUGGCACAUUACAAAGCUUACAACGUGAUAAAGAAGAUUUGGAACGCGCUCUGGGUGGUCUUAGAGCACGUAUACAAGAUUCAACAGGCCCUCCAUUGCUAUUAGAAGCGGCCAAAAAACAACAAUUAAUACUAGAACGUGAAUUAUCACGUGUUCAUCAGCUUUUAGCUGAAAAUUCUAAGAAAUUGGAACAAACCGUAGCUAGCAAUGCAAGGUUGGAACAAGAAUUGUUAAUAUUACGACAGAAAUUGCAGGCAUCGCGCGAAAGCCGUGGAUCACAAGGUAAUAUAAAGCAGGCAAGUGGAAUACCUAGUAGUGAAAGCACACAAUAUGUUAGUUCAACAACGGCACUUCUUGAAUCUGAAUUACGUCGAGUACAGAGUCUUGUUGUAGAUAUGCAACGUCAGCGCCAGGACUUAAGUGAAGCAGUACGUCAACUGACAGAAAAUUCUAAUCGCCUGUACAAAGAAAUUGGUGAAAAGGCAUCUUCAAUAACAGCAUCACUAAAUCAAUCACAGAAGGGACGUCGUAAUACAUCAUGCUGGACUGAAACUGAUCUUGAUUCAAUGGUAAGCAUAGAUCAUACAUCGAAUAAUUCAUCAUCGCCAUCGGAUAAUUUAACAACUCCACUAUACAUUGAUACAUCUGGAAAUAAUUCAACUCAAAAUCAUAAUAAUGAUAAUGAUAUAUACAGUUUAGAUAAUCGGCAUCGUACUGAAGCCGACGAUUACACAGAAAAUACACAGUUCACCAAUUUAACCAACCAAGAAAAACAAGAAAUUAAAACAGUUCGUAUCGUCAAACGCGAAUCAGAGCGUAGACAUCGUGAACGUGGAUCGACGGCAGUCACAAUGUCAAACCAAAAUUUAGAUCAAGUUAUGGAAGAAGAUCCUCAAAUAAUACAAAAUCAUACUGAAGAAAGUCAUGGUCGAUCGAAAUCACUCCCUCGUUCAUAUAACGAUCAUUAUGAGCAUUAUAAACAAAAUAGUUAUUCGAAUGGUCAACAUCAACAACAAAAUCAUCAUUAUAGUAAGAGAAAAGAAAUGCAACAUAGGUUGAUGACAAAUAAGCAAACUACUCCUGGUGGGCCAGUUAGAUAUUCAGAUUAUUACGCACAAAAUAAAAACGAACAUAACACUAGCAGUAACACGAAUCCGUAUCCUAUAUCCACAUCUGAUAGAAAUCAUAAUUACACGGUAUCAACUGCAACAUCAACAAAUUAUCAAAAUAAAUCUAAUAACUACAAAGACAGAUUGUUAACUCAAACAAAUUCAAAUCGAUAUAAUAUGAAUCAGCAUCGUAAUAGUAACAAUAUAAAUACCGAUGGUAAUGUAUCAAAUCAUAAAGAAGAAUACAGGAGCUUACAAAAUCAAUGCAAAACAGAAUCAAUGCAAAGUUUGAAUAAAAGUAUUACCGAUAUAAACCAAGUUUUUCAAAGUGAAGCAGCUCGCCAAAUUAUUAGUGAAAUGUCGGCUGGUAGUGCAUCAGAAGAUAAUGGAGUUUCAGACAAAAGAAGCAGUUCAUCAACUCCAUUAUCAACAACACAACAACAUAAACACCGCAGAGCUAUACCACGGGAGAAACGACGGCACAAUACGGCUCCAAAUAACGUUAAUCUAAAAGCAAUGCAAAAAGUUCAAGCAGAAAAUGACAUGAACAGAAAUAAUACAAAUUGGAGAGCCAGGGAUGACUUGGACAUGGAAGUAGCACUACGACCACGAAACAAUGCCCCAGACGUUGUUAGGUCGGCACUAGGCCAAGGCGAAAAAAUUUCCGAAAACACAAUCGACCGAUUAUUUGGUGCUCCAAAUAAAAUUCUAAUACCUGAGCGUUACAUACCUGAAAAAGCUCCUGAAUUAUCUCCGGAAGAGAAGAAAAGACGACAAGAGAAAGUAGAAGCAAUCAAAAAAAUGUUGUCGGAAGCUCCAAUCAACUCAUCAAAUGACACUGUACCACAACCACCUAGUAAAAUCAAUGAAGAGAAAAAACAAAGGGAACAUUUAUUGCAAUUAAAUCAAAUUUUAGCACAACAAGUGAUGCAAAUGAGUAAAAUUGUUGCAGAAAAAGCUAUGGCGAAUUUACCAUCAAAAGUACCCGGUUAUAACAAUUACAUAUCAACAAUGUCAGAAGAGGAUCAAAUUAUAUCACCAACUGAUUCACUGCCAAUAUAUCAACAACGAGACAAUUUCUUUACAUAAGAAUGUAAACUAAUUUUCACCACAUAGCAUUUGAAUUUACAACUUUUGUCUUCAUUAAAUUUAUAAUAAUGUAUACAUUCAUAUAUCACAAUUUUAUUUCAUUAUUUUUUUUUAAAUAAUAAAUUAAAAUUCAAAAACAAAACUUUUUUCAGCUUUUUUAACAAAACAAUUAACUUAAACAAUAAUAAUAUUAUGAGAAUUUAUUAAGUUUAAAUUAGUAUUUAUAUACAAAACAAAAAUGUAGAUUUUUUACUACUUUUUUGAUGAAAAUGUAUACACGGUAUUAAUUAUAUACAGCAUCGUAUUAAAAGAAACAACAAUACAAUACUGACUUUAUCUUCCAAAUAGCAAAUACAAUUACAAAGACAAAAACCUAUAAACAAAAUACAAAAAUGCAAUAAAAUUUAAAAAAAUAUUACCAAAUUUUACUUUAAAAGGCAAUUUGUUUUUAAAUAUAUUUAUAUAUAACAUAACGUAUACAGUAACUAUAAAUAUACAUUUAUAUUGAAAUAAAAAAUUAUAUACAACAUUUUGCUAAGUGGUAGAAAAACAAUUGACACUUUUACAAAAACAAUUAAGUAUUUACAAAAAAAAUAUUGAAAAUUAUUAUAAAAUAACAAACCUGUUCAUUUAAAAAUCAAUAUUUAUGAAAUUAGUAAGAAAAGAUUUUAAACUAAAAAGGUGACAGCCUAACUCUGUAAACCUUACUUGAUAUACCAAAAUAUUUAAGAGACGUAAUAAGAGACAGUAUGACAAAUGAAUGUCAAAUUCGUUCGCCAUGCGAAAAUAUGUAUGAAUAAAUUUUCUAAUUUUUCAAUUUAAUGCAAAGUUUAAAAUUCCAUAAAUACUCUUGAAUUCAUACUUUGUUUGUAUACAUAUGUUUAUAUAAAAAAUUUGAUAUUUGUAUUUUAAUAUAAACAUUUUAAGUUAAAUCAUGGUUGCUUAUAAAACACAUACUCUGUGCAUUUGUCCCUUAAAAUGCGAGCUACAUUUGUUUAAUUGUAAAAUUUUAAUUCCUAAAUAAAAUUAAUCGCAGAUUAACUUGCGUUUAAGUAAAUUUCCAUUUAAAUAUCCUUUUAUUGCUAACGCAAACACUUACAUCAAUGUCAUCAAUCUACCAAUUAAAAUUGUGUUCCUGAAAAGGUAACAUUGACAUUGGUGUUACAUUAUGGUUAACAUAACCCGUAAUUAUAAAAGCCAUUUUUUAAAACCACUCAACUAUAUAAAUAUGCAUAAAUUAUAAAUUUAGAGGUACUAAAAAAUGAUUUCUACUAAAAUGUUUAGAAUAGACGAUAAAUUAAGCCGCAUUUGCAGCCAAUGAGAUUUUCGAGUAUGGGCAACUUUAAUUUCAUAUUUUCUUUAUUACAUGAAUCCAUUCUCUUUUCAUUGGAGUUAAUUAAAAGAAAAUAGGUAUUCUUCUUUUCGGAAAUGUGUAAAAAGUUUUUAUAAAGAAAUAAUUUAAUCAUUCAGAAUGAGUGCAUUAUGGAGUAAGGACGCAGAGGGCGAGUCACCUUAAAAAAAAACAGUAGAUAUUUAGACGAAUAAGGUAAAGCAUUCAAUAUAACAAAAAUAAUAUUUCGUUUUAAAAGUUUCUCAGUUAAUAUUGUAAAAGACUGAAAUUUAAAUUAUGUUUUCAUAGUAACAUACAUACAUACAUUAAUAUCGUAUUACAUUUUGUUUGUUUUGUUUUUCAUUGCCAAAAGUACUUAAUGUAAGAAAAUUUAUCAUAAUAUUUGAAAAAAUAUCAAUUACAUUAGUUAUUUAAUCAACAUAUCACUUUAUUUGCGAAUAGAAUAUUCUCUAAUUUAGUAAAAUUAGAAACUAAGGUCUAUAUUAAUAGAGCCUUAAAAGUAAACAAAUCAAACACGCUCACAAUAAUCGUUAAAGAAUUAUUCACUUGUAGUGUGUUUUACUUACUCUCGUCUAUAAAAUAUUAGAACAAACUUGAAAAAAAUUAAAAAGAAAAAACAGAUUGUGAACACAAGUAAUCAUAUUACAUAAAAUGAAAUUGUGUUAUUAAAAUUACUACAAACAUUUCAUUGAAAUAUUACUCUGGAAUCUAGACUAUCAAAAUACAGUGAAACUUUGAACCAAAUCAAAUUUAAUAUGUUACUCUUAAGAUUAAAAUUUAAUUCUGCAACUUGAUGAACAUCAGCAUUAAAAAAUCCGUAAAUUAUUAAACUAUUAAAAACACUACAUGCUUCAGAAAAAAAAAUAUAAAAUUUCAAAAUCAUGCCAUAUGUAUGUAAGUAUAACAAAAUUUUGUUUAUGAAAUUCAAUUGCAAAAAUUGAUUAGAUUCAAAUUCUUUGAUUUUUAUUUUCAAAUUCGUACUAAUUUUUUGCAUUUCUUAAAAAUAACAAAUAUAGAAAAAUUGGGUGGUGUGUUAAACAGUUGCAACUAAAACUUAACAUUUCCAUACAUUCUAUUUGAUAAUAUUCUUAUAAUUUUCGUUACUUUUCCAAAAAAAAACUUCUCAAAUAUUCUUCAGAGACCUUCAUUGUAGUGAACUUACAGAAAAAUAUCACAUUAAUUGAAUAUACUUAAAGUAUUUUCAUUCUUGUUUUUGAUGUGAUCAUUCGAAAAACAAACAUCUUCGUCGAAUCAUAAUCAAAAGACAUUCAUAUAUCAGUUAAUCUUAAAAAAAAACAAACUUAUUGGAACUUCUAACUACAUUCCAAAAGAUAUAAAUAUAUAUAUAUGAAUUUCCAUAUAAUAAUAUGACUGUACAACUAUACUGAGAAAAUUGAAGCAAAUGACUAGAUUUUAAGUCUGAAUUUUACAAGCAAAUAAAAAUAAAUUAACGUGAAAUUAUAAACUUCUAACUUUAAGAAAAACAAAAUCAUAUAUAGUAAAUUUAAAUACAUAAUCUCAAUAUUAUAAAAUAAAAUAAUUGCAAUUAAAUAAUAUUUAGUUUAAAUUAUUUAUGCUGUACCUAUUUUCAAAGGAAC